UUUUUUAUAAUGUUUUUGAUUGAUGAAUCAGUGCACGUGUAUAUACACCGUCGCGAACGUAUAAAUGCCGCUAUGCAUCGAGCAGGUGAAGAUGAGAAACUUGAAGAUAUAUUUAAUCGCAAUUUAAGCUUUCGUAAACGCGGAAAAGAUAACUCAUUCUGUCAACAGAGUACAUGCACAAACAUUGAUCAAAAUCUCAAUGACAAUUGCGGCGAGAUUUGCGUUAUUUCUGGUAAAAAUGACGUAAAGGCACCGCCUAAGCAUAUUGACAAAGAGGAUGCUUUGGUUAAGAAUGUAAGAGGAUUACUUAUUGUUUUAGCAUUAAGCGUUCACGAGCUAUUUGAAGGAUUGGCCGUUGGCUUAUCAAGUUCUACUUCUAACGUAUAUUACUUAUUUGGAGCAGUCAGCGCACAUAUAGUAAUCGCCUUUUGCAUAGGAAUCGAACUUGUGAGUUCGAAUUUAAAAACUAAACUAGUAAUAGCUUACAUUUUCACCUUCGCCGUAGUAAGUCCUCUAGGCAUAGGAUUGGGGCUGGUGGUAAGCAGCAGCGCAGCGCAAGGAUUGCCCACGACCAUAUUACAAGGUAUGGCUUGCGGUACACUGUUAUAUGUAGUUUUCUUCGAAAUUCUUCUACCAAGCGUGCAAGGCGGAUUACUGCAGUAUAUUGCAGUUUUGAUUGGAUUUUUGAUCAUGUUUGGAUUGCAAUUCGCAACUGGCCAUCAACAUUCACAUGGGGACGGUGGACAUGAACACAGUCAUACGCACAACGGACAUGAACAUGAGCACUGAU